GUCAGUUGCUGGGGAAAAGUUUACUAUUAAAACUUCCAUCCUCCCAACUUGAAUCUUGCAAUUGCUUCAUUUUUUUUUUUCGCUAGUUCAAGUUUACUUGGAGUUUCGCUCUAAAUGUUAUAACACUAAUAUGACUAUGGCUACGGACACUUGUCCGAUGAAGCCUGAGCCGACCUUGUCGUUUACCCAAGGACUUAUCGUCGGCCAAAUCUCAGUCGUUCUCCUCCUAGCAGCAUUUAUAAGAUUCUUUAUAUUCGGCGAGGCUCCGUCCCCCGAAGUAACCGCCUCUAUUCGAGCUGCCGAACGACGGUCUCGUACCCUUGCCCACCGACAAUCCAUUCUUACUCUACGAUCGACAACGCCGACUACGACGAGAUCAUCCCAGCAACCAACCCUAAACAAGAAGAAGUCGAGUAUACUUCGGAGCCCUCCUACGCUCACCAUCGGUUCUAUACUGAAUAAAACCUACUAUAACGUUGACAGCCACCAGCCCGAAUCUUUGGACUGGUUUAAUGUUCUUAUCGCCCAAACAAUCGCCCAGUUCCGUAGUGACGCCCAGCAAGACGAUGCAAUUCUUACCUCCCUUACGAAGGCCCUUAACGGAACCUCGCGUCCUAGUUUCCUCGAUGAAAUCAAGGUUACCGAACUGACCUUGGGUGAGGACUUCCCCAUCUUCAGUAAUUGCCGCAUCAUACCUGUAGACGAGGAUGGAUUGAGUUUAAAUACAGGUCCCAACGGGGAGAAACGGUUUGACGCUAAUAGCUCUCGGGCGAAGCGUGAAGGGUCACGACUACAGGCUCGGAUGGAUGUUGACCUCAGCGACAUGAUUACCCUGGCACUUGAGACCAAGAUUCUUCUUAACUACCCAAAGCGACUGACAGCCGUUUUACCUGUUGCGCUCGCCGUUAGCGUCGUACGCUUUAGUGGUACCUUAAGCAUUUCUUUCAUCCCGUCAAACCCUUCGCAAUCUACACCGACUAUGAUGACAUUCAGCUUCCUCGACGAUUACCGCCUUGAUUUCUCGGUGCGUAGUCUUGUCGGCAGCCGGUCGCGGCUACAGGACGUGCCCAAGAUUGCCCAGCUGGUCGAGUCUCGUCUGCAUCGCUGGUUCGACGAGCGUGCUGUUGAACCCCGCUUCCAGGAAAUUGCUUUACCUAGUCUAUGGCCCCGCAAAAAGAACACCCGGGGUGGCGACGAUCCUUUGGAAGCGGUUUCGACGGCGUCGAGUAGCAUGGGCAAAGGCAAGGGCCGUGAAGUUGCCAAAGACGUCAGGGAAGAAGCCUUCAAAGAAUUUCAGGCUGAAGCGGCGGCAGGACAGAGACGUGAACUGAGCCCGCCGGAUAGUUUAAGAUAUCGGCGGGCUAGGGGCCGAGAUGAUGCCUCCAGCACCGGAGGAUUUAGCAUGCCGGGUAGCCUGCCUGGAAUGACACUCGACCUACCAACUUGAAUCCACCGGGUCUUUUACGGUUCUAAACAUAAUGACAUACCCCUCACUCCACUCUACACGACACGGGUACACCAGCCCAGAAAAUGGGACGGCGGCAUCCGCAACCACGACAUUACAAAUAGAUUGCAGCUAUUCACUCACUCCUUUGUCGCGUAGUAAGGCUACCAUCAGGUGCAGGGGAAAUAUUCCCUCCAUAGGUACCUAUUACCAGGAGAGACAAGGCCGCCGCCGGUCGCCCAGAAAGUCAUCAAGAAGCAUCUUGUAUGAUUUAGUCAUGGACGAAACCUAGAAAAAGCGGGUUCA